AGAGAGGGAGCUCACUCCGUGCUCGCAGUCUGGUCCAGCAUUAGCGCUGUAUGUCAGUCGUGCCGUCCCAGCUAGCGGUUCCCGGGCGCUCUCCCCGUAUAUGAUCUGGAAGAGCUGAGCGCGGCGCACUCCUCCUCUAUCACCACCAUGGCAGCCCAGGGCGACCCAAUGAGCGGAUACAUGAACCAGUCGGACCCGGGCUCCAACAGCGAGCGGAGCACCGACUCCCCUUUACCCGGCUCUGAGGACGACUCUCCCGGCCCGGCCGCCCCCCACGAUCCGGAGUGGGGAGAGGAGAGAUUCCGGGUGGAUCGGAAGAAGCUGGAGACUAUGCUGCAAGCGGCUGCCGAAGGAAAAGGCAAAAGUGGUGAAGAUUUCUUUCAGAAGAUUAUGGAGGAAACAAAUACACAGAUUGCUUGGCCAUCUAAACUGAAGAUAGGAGCAAAGUCAAAGAAAGAUCCCCACAUUAAAGUAUCUGGCAAGAAAGAAAAUGUGAAAGAAGCAAAGGAACGAAUAAUGUCUGUUUUGGAUACAAAGAGUAACCGUGUCACAUUGAAAAUGGACGUUUCUCACACAGAGCACUCACAUGUCAUUGGUAAAGGAGGGAACAACAUCAAGAAAGUGAUGGAAGAAACUGGCUGCCACAUACAUUUUCCAGACUCCAAUAGGAAUAAUCAGGCUGAGAAAAGCAACCAGGUAUCAAUUGCGGGACAACCUGCCGGGGUAGAAUCCGCAAGAGUAAGAAUAAGGGAAUUGCUGCCUUUGGUUUUGAUGUUUGAGUUGCCCAUAGCUGGUAUUUUACAGCCAAUUCCAGAUCCAAACUCUCCCACGAUCCAGCACAUUUCCCAAACCUACAACAUAACGGUUUCUUUCAAGCAACGGUCCAGAGUUUAUGGUGCUACUGUCAUUGUGAGAGGCUCCCAGAAUAACACCAGUGCUGUUAAGGAAGGAACAGCACUGCUGUUGGAACAUCUUGCUGGUAGCCUGGCAAAUGCUAUUCCUGUUAGCACACAGCUGGAUAUUGCUGCUCAACAUCACCUCUUCAUGAUGGGCCGCAAUGGCAGCAACAUCAAGCAUAUAAUGCAGAGAACUGGUGCUCAGAUCCACUUCCCAGACCCAAAUAACCCUUUAAAGAAGUCCACAGUCUACCUCCAAGGCACCAUCGAGUCAGUUUGUCUUGCCAGGCAGUAUCUCAUGGGUUGUCUCCCACUUGUCCUGAUGUUUGACAUGAAGGAAGAAAUUGAAGUAGAACCACAGUACAUUACUCAACUCAUGGAACAACUAGAUGUCUUUAUCAGCAUUAAACCAAAGCCAAAGCAGCCAAGUAAAUCUGUGAUCGUGAAAAGUGUGGAACGAAACGCCCUAAAUAUGUAUGAAGCCAGAAAAUGUCUUCUUGGGCUUGAUAGCAGUGGUGUGGCCAUUACAAGCCAGUCUACCAUAUCUUGCACAAUGCCUUACCAUGGACUAGAUAUCUUGACAGCAGGUUUGGGGCUUACUGGAUUAGGUCUUUUGGGCCCAAAUGCUCUCUCCAUUAAUUCCUCAGUUGCACAGAAUACUCUGCUGAAUGCCCUCAAUAGUACUGUCAGCCCGCUGCACAGUCCCAGUUCUGCGGCACCUAGCCCAACACUUUGGGCAGCUUCAUUAGCCAACGCCUCCAGUGCUCCAGGGUUUUCUGCAAUACCACAUAUGAUGAUGCCAUCUGCUGCACAAGCUACGUUGACUAGCUUUCUGCUGUCUGGAGUGCCCAACUAUGGCCAAAAUACACCAUCGCCUCCUCCUGGACUAACACCAGUUGAUGUACACAUGAAUGGCAUGCACUCUGAAUGCAAGAAAGCCACAUCAGCAUUAAAUGGUCACGUGAAACAGUCAAACAAAUAUGGCUCAAUAUCCAUGCCAUCGCUGGGAGACAAAGUGAUAAACUCACACCUUCCUGAGACAGCUAGGCCAUCAAACAAUCGCAGCUCACCUGUCCAAACAAACACAAAGUCAGACUCAGAAGGUGGUAAUGAUGCCUUUGUGGAAGUAGGGAUGCCAAGAAGUCCGUCUCACUCAGCAAAUACCAAUGAGCUCAAACAGAUGCUGAGUUCAACCAAAGCACCCUGCGCUAAGAGGCAGACAGUGGAAUUAUUACAAGGCACUAAGAACUCCCACCUACAUAGUAGCGAAAGGUUACUCUCCGAUUCAGAGAUGAGCCCAGCGGAUGGCCCUGUCACUGACAAGAAGGCUCCUGGAAGUGAGCGAGCAGCUGAACGAGCAGCCCAGCAAAACUCCGAGAGGGUACGACUUGAUUUACAAUCUUUUGCAAAUAUGCAGGCCUAUGAUUAUGAGCAAAAGAAGUUGCUGGCAACAAAAGCAAUGCUGAAGAAACCUGUAGUAACAGAAGUCAGAACUCCAACAAACACUUGGAGUGGACUGGGAUUCUCCAAAUCCAUGCCUGCAGAAACAAUAAAAGAACUGAGACGUGCAAAUCAUGUACCGUACAAGCCAACCAUGAGUACGACAUAUGAGGCACCUUCAAUGUCCCUGUCCCGGUCAAACAGUAGAGAACAGCUGGGCAAUAGCAGUGACUGUGAUAACUGGAGGGAAAGGAAUUGUAUUGACUCAUCUCAUAAUGACUACUCGUCAUCUAUUGGCAGUCCUAAGCGAAAGCAAAAUAAAUCUGCAGAACACUACCUUAGCAGCAGUAAUUACAUGGACUGUAUCUCCUCUCUAACUGGAAGCAAUGGUUGCAACUUAAAUAAUUCAUUCAAAGGCUCUGACCUUCCUGAACUGUUCAGCAAGCUUGGACUCGGGAAAUAUACAGACAUCUUUCAGCAGCAAGAGAUUGAUCUACAGACUUUCCUUACGCUGACAGAUCAGGAUUUAAAAGAACUGGGAAUAACCACGUUUGGUGCAAGAAGGAAAAUGUUGCUUGCCAUCUCAGAGCUGAACAAAAAUCGGAGAAAGCUGUUUGAGCCAACCAAUAUCCGUUCUGCAUUCCUGGAAGGAGGAGCUAGUGGACGACUUCCGCGCCAGUAUCACGCAGACAUAGCCAGUGUCAGUGGACGUUGGUAGCAGUCAGCAUCAUGACUUGGCAAUAAAUGCUUAGAACAUCAUGGCUGACCUGUGAAACGGUAUCGCUGCAUAUUCUUUUUACCAUCAGCACUUUAGUGUCAAGGUACCACGGACCAAAGCAAUAAGAUCACACGAGUGCCUAGUUCUUUGGACACUUUUGUGUAAAACGCCAAAAUGCGGGAUAUAUAUAUUUCAUCUAUGUAGACUGGACCGAACUGCAAUAGGGGAAAAAGAAAAAAAAAAGUUGAGUGAUUUUAUGUUUUAGUAUUUUAUGUAUAACUUCAUUGUAUGCACUGAAAUUUUUACUUUUAUUGAAUGAA